AUGGAAGAUCAAAUAACGCUUCUCCUUGUAAUUGGGAUACUAAGCGUCUUACAUGAACAAAUUCACGCGCAGACAGAGGUAACCAGAAGCACUCGACUUGGUGAUAUAAGGGGAAUAAAAACUUUAGUUCCGGGAACCAAAAUCAAAUACGUGGACCAAUUUCGAAAAAUUCCUUACGCUGUCCCACCUGUUGGACUCCUGAGAUUUCAGAAACCUCGACCGCUUGAUAAUUGGGAGGGAACGCUAGAUGCCACGGAAUUCGGACCUUCUUGCAUACAAGGUCAAUCUGGAUACUUCACCGAUGUCCCCAAUAAAAGCAAAGCAGAGGAUUGUCUAUUUUUGAAUAUUUAUGUUCCAAGUGAUGUCACUUCCGAUGAACAACUUCCUGUAAUGGUUUGGAUUCACGGUGGUGCUUUUCUCUAUGGACAAGGCAUGUUUUACAAUGCCUCCAGUUUAGCAUCAAUAGGUAAUGUUAUUGUAGUCACCAUGAAUUAUCGUCUUGGAAUCUUUGGAUUUCUGACAUUAAAUGACCCAAUAGCACGUGGAAAUUACGGCUUGUUUGAUCAAAUACUAGCUCUCCAAUGGGUGAAAAAGAACAUAGUUUCCUUUAAUGGCAAUCCUGAUUCUGUCACAAUUUUCGGAGAGUCUGCUGGUGGGAUGAGUGUCAGUCUCUUGUCGUUGAUGCCUUCUAAUAGAGGACUAUUUCACAGAGUUAUAUCACAAAGUGGUACGAGUAACAGCCCUUGUCUAAUGGUAGAAAAUUCUUACCUUUUGUCUAAAUUAGUGGGAAGCACGGCAGGGUGCAAACUUUCACCGAAUGAAGACAAAGAAUCUUUCUUAAAUUGUAUGAGAGAAAUCCCGGCAGAAAUUUUACAAGAAGUCUUAGAAAAGAUAUAUGAUUCGGCUACAGAAUUUAGACUACUCUUGGGAUUUGGUCCUGUUGUAGAUGGAGAGUUGUUUCCCGAUCAGCCAACUAGACUGUUAUCAGAUGCAUAUCCAAAUCAUCAUUAUUUUUUUCGAUCUUUAGACCUAAUGACUGGAUUCACAUCAGGUGAGGGGUCACUUCUUUAUGAUCAACUGAGUAAUCCGAAAUUUCAAUCUCAUUUCAACUACAAUGUGUCGGCGGGAUUGUCGAAGGACGUCUUGUGUGGUCUGGUUGUCCCAGCCCUUGUGAGAGAUUAUUACGAUAACAAUCAAGAUAUUGAAAAUUUAAUAUGUGAUGAAUACAGUAUUCACUCAUCAGAGGAUCUUUCGUCUCAAAGUAGACGAACCACUGACGCACAUGGCGAUUUUUUCCUUACAGCCCCAACUAUCGAUAUUGCUAAUAUUCAUUCUAAAGAGAACGGGCUGUCAUAUACUUUUGUCUAUAUGCUUUCGCACAUUAAUCCUGUUCACAUAGGCCCACCACAACCGUCAUGGUUCACAAGAAGUGUACACGGAGAUGAUCUAUUGUAUCUAUUUGGUUUACAACACCAUAACAACAUAGACAUAAAGGACUUAGAAUUAUCACGGACAAUGAUGUCCUACUGGGCGAACUUCGCACGCUUCGGAAACGCUAAUAAUGCAGAGGAUAAAUCUGCUCCUGUGUGGCCACAAUACACUAGCGACCAUCAACUUUUCAUCGAUUUGGAUUCGAAAAUAUCCGUGAAAAUUUCCCCAGCAAAGCAAGCUUAUCAAUUCUGGUACAAGACGAUACCAAAGUACAUGAAAUCUGAGAAUCAUUCUCAUGAUCCUAGUGAAUUAUAAACUGAUAUUUUUUAGGGAUAUCAUUUACCAUACUGUUAGUAAAUUCACCGUCAUAUUUUAUGAAACAGCACACUUGGACACAAAAUGUGUUACAACUGCUUAGUAUUAAGGUUUAAUAAAAUUGAUUAUCAAG